AUCAUCAAGAUAUUCUUCUUAUUUCCGCAUCUCUUCCGUACAAAUACGAAAUCCAUUACACCACCGUCCUUACGAGGUUUUCUUCUGUGUUAUCCUUCGUUCUGUUUUUUUUUUUUGUGAGAGAAUGGGUCGGUUUGUGGAAGCUUCUGCAGUUGCUUUGAUAUUGUCUUUGGCUGUUUUAAUAACACAUUCAGCUCCAGAAUCUGCUCUUGUCACCACACUUCCUGGCUUCAAUGGCACUCUUCCUUCCAAACACUACGCCGGGUACGUGACGAUCGGUGAGAAAGGUGACAAGAAUCUAUGGUAUUACUUUGCAGAAUCCGAGAAGGAUCCGGCCGAGGAUCCUGUCGUGCUUUGGCUCAACGGUGGUCCAGGUUGCUCGAGCAUGGAUGGAUUUGUCUACGAACACGGUCCUUUCAAUUUCGAACCGGCAAAAACAGACGGCAGUUUGCCUCAGUUGAGGCUCAAUCCUUACAGCUGGUCCAAGGUUUCCAACAUUAUAUACCUGGAUUCACCUGCAGGUGUCGGAUUUUCUUACUCGAAGGACGAAUCUGAUUAUUCCACAAAUGAUACACAGACCGCCAUCGACACUCAUGCGUUUCUUCUCAAGUGGUUCGAAACGUUUCCCGAGUUUCAAUCGAAUCCGUUCUUCAUCUCGGGAGAAUCCUUCGCUGGAAUCUAUGUGCCUACGCUCGCUUCUGAAGUUGUCAAUGGUAUUAAGGGAAGCGUAAAGCCGGUUAUUAACUUCAAGGGAUAUUUGAUCGGUAAUGGAGUUGCAGAUCAGGAUUAUGACGGUAACGCUUUAGUCCCGUUUGCGCACGGGAUGGGGCUGAUCCCGGACAAGCUCUUCAAGACGGUUACUGCUGCGUGCGACGGAAAUUUCUCUCGGCCGAAAGACGGGAAAUGUCUCAGCCAAUUAUGGAAAGUUAACUUGCUAAUAUCAAAACUGAACAUUUACAACAUCCUCGAGCCGUGCUACCACGCACCGAAUGCAUCCCUUUCCACGUCCGACGUCGAUCUGCCCUCCAGUUUCCUCGGUUUGGGCAAAACCGAUCGGCCAUUGGCCGUGAGGAAGAGAAUGUUCGGUCGCGCUUGGCCUCUGCGCGCGUCGGUGCUUCCAGGCCCCGUCCCGAAUUGGCCUCAGCUCUCCAAAACCAUGUCUGUCCCGUGCGUCGACGAUAGAGUGGCGACGGCGUGGUUGGACGAUCCAUCGGUCAGGAAAGCGGUUCACGCCAAAGAGGAUAGCGAGAUCGGAGGCUGGGAGCUCUGCACGCAAAAGAUCAAUUACAUGCACGAUAGGGGAAGCAUGCUCAAUCUCCAUAGAAACCUCACCCUCGGCGGAUACCGAGCCCUCAUAUACAGCGGAGAUCACGAUAUGUGUGUUCCGUAUACUGGUACGGAGGCAUGGACGAGGUCUCUCGGAUACAAUGUCACGGAUGGAUGGAGGCCGUGGAUGUUGGACGACCAGGUGGCCGGGUAUAUCCAAGGAUAUUCCAACAAUCUCACGUUUCUAACCAUCAAGGGGGCGGGGCAUACAGUUCCCGAGUACAAGCCGCGAGAGUCGUUGUCCUUCUAUAGCAGAUUCCUUGCCGGAGAAAAGAUAUGAAGAAACCCCAUGCCACAUCAUUGCCUUAAUUAAUAAUAAUUCAUUAUAUUGAACAACACGUAUGUGUUUUUUUUAACUUGGAGUUUACCGGAUUUUC